AUGGGGUUUGUAUGUUUGACUCUGCUGAUUUUAAGUGGAAUUACAGAUUCAAUAUCAGAGCGGUUUGAUGUUGUGGGACCUGCAUAUCCUGUGUUUGCUGGUGCUGGUGAAGAUGUGCUUCUAACCUGUUCAGUCAAACUGAAAACCAGUGUUGUUGACAUGAGAGUCGAAUGGUAUCGAACUGAUCUAAGUGGUGCACUAGUUCAUCUAUAUGAGGAUCAUGAAGACAGAAACACUGAGCAGAUUCAGUCCUACAGAGGGAGAACUGAACUCAAUCAUCAGCUGCUACAGACAGGAAACGCAUCACUCAGACUAUCAGCAGUGAAAGUGUCUGAUGAAGGACGUUAUAAGUGUUUAAUAAAGUCAAUAUCCUGGUUUGAUGAUGCCACUGUUGAUGUUAAAGUUGAAGCUGUAGGAAGUCCUCCAGUGAUCACAGUAGAUGGGUUUGAUCGUUCAGGAGGGCUUCAUCUACAGUGUGAAGCUGAAGGUUGGUAUCCUGAACCUGAUCUUGAGUGGCUGGAAAGUGAAGGAGUCAGAUUGAGUCCAGAAACUACAGAGAUGCACAAAACCACAGACAGAUUCAGUGUAAAACACACCGUCACUGUUCAUCAGAGAGACGACAAGAUUCACUGCAGAGUCAAACUGAGACACCACAUGCUGGAGGCAAAGAUUAUCAUUUCAAGUAAUAUGUUUAAUUCUUGUAGUCAAAAAACAGCAGUCAUAAUGAUGUCAGUUUCUGCUGUGCUCUGUGUGAUUGCUGGAAUGCUGAUAGCUGUGUUUGUUCAUAAAUACAGAGGAGAGCGCGAGCUCCGAAAUGAUGGCCAUAUAAUCGUUCAGCUCGCGCCUCCUAUGGGGAAAAACUGA